AUGGUUGCCGAACACAGCUCUGCACCAAAAGAGAAUAAAAAAGAGAGAAGAGAAAAGAGAGAUGUUCCAGAGGACAUUUCAAACUACAAGCUAGAGCCAUUCACAGAAAAGGGGCUAAAGCAGUUUUUGGAAACAAGCAGCUUUGAAAUCAUGUUUCCCAAGCAUAGAGAAAAGUACAUCCGGGAUACUGAAGAGUAUAUCAGAAAGGCUCUUGCCCAGAAGAGACUCCUUCUGGCAGUGGACUACCACGAGCUGGUGCUCAAAGUAGAGACCACACCGCAUACAAGAGACCCGUAUGUAGUCCUGCAGGGAAGAGAUAUGCUGAAGCUGGUCAGUAGAGGUGUUCCACUAGAGAAGGCAAUUCGGGUCUUUGAGGAUGGAAUAACCCACGAUAUUAUUCCAAUUAAUGUGUUUACUCGAAACAAGGAGAUAUUUCUUAAAAGGAGAGAGAGACUUCUUGGUCCCCGGGGAAACACAAUAAAGUCACUAGAGCUGCUGACAGACUGCUACAUUCUUCCAUUCGGAAACACAGUAAGCGCAAUUGGAAACUAUAAAAGUCUAAAGGAGGUGCGGACAGUCGUUACUAAGUGCAUGGAAAACAUCCACCCAAUCUAUGAGAUCAAGCGGCUUAUGAUACGGCGGGAGCUAGAGAAAGACCCAGCUCUUAAAACAGAGAACUGGGAGAGAUACCUUCCAAAGUACAAAAAGACACACAGUAAAAAGCGUAAGACCGUUAUAGUGGAGAAAACAAACCGCACAACCUUCCCCGAGCAAGAGGAGAGAAAGCAGGACAAAGAGAUCAUGAGUGGCGCGUAUGUACCGAAGGACCGGCCCACCAGAAGCGAAAAAAAGGCCAAGGCAGAAAAGGACUCAAGCGAGCAGUAA